GUCAAUGUCUUAUGGCAACUAAAGGUGUUCUUUUGAUGGUUGACAGAGAUCGACAACGCCUUCCGGACGAAUGUUUUGCUUUAUACUCGGUUUUGUCGCUGGAUGAUAGAUUAAUUUGUGAAAGGAUAUACAUAGCAAAGGAAGAUUCUAAAGUUGCUUCAGUUUAGAGCCCGGCGUUAAUCAUGGAAAAAGUAGAAGCUGUGGAGAUUACAACGGAAGCUGUGGAGGUUACAACGGAAGCUGUGGAGAUUACAACGGAAGCUGUGGAGAUUACAACGGAAGCUGUGGAGAUUCCAACGGAAGCUGUGGAGAUUACAACGGAAGCUGUGGAGAUUCCAACGGAAGCUGUGGAGAUUACAACGGAAGCUGUGGAGAUUACAACGUCAGUAGCAAGUUUCCUAGAAAACACGCAUCGUCCACUUGCAGCUUUGAAAUUCUUCAAAGAGUCGUUGACGCUGUUAGAACUCAUCGAACAGGAAAUUAAUUCAUGUAAAGCCUCGGUGAAUCUUGAAACUCAGAGGGCAUUAAAUAAAAGGACUAUAUUUGUACUUCUUUCCAUCGCUGACACCAACCUGACUUUGGAGAGGUACAAAGAGUCAAAGAUACAUGCUGAACUUGCUCUUGCUAAAAGCAGAAAAAUUGGCUGCAAAGAGACCGAGGGCGAAUGUCAACGAACGCUUGGUUUGUGUUUGGUUUUUGACCGAAGUCAACAUGACCAAAGUAUUGAAUAUUUCAAGGAAAUGCUUGAAGCUACCAAGGAAUCCGGCGAUGCAGAGACAGAAGCAAUUGCCUAUCAUCUGCUUGCUAUGAGGCAUAUGAAUGUUGGUGAGUUGGAAGAGGCAGCAAGGUUUCUAGAGAAAUCAAUUCAAACGAGUCGCAAAAGUCGUUUCAAGAAAAUAGAGUUUGAAAGCCUAAUUACCUUGGCACAUGUGUUUUUCCGAGACCAUGAAGAAAAAGCUUUGAGGAAACUGACGGAAGCUCUUCAAAUCUGCGAUGAAAUUGAAAGUGAUGAAAAGAAAGCCAAAGCGCUCGUAUCUUUAGGAGACUUGUUCAUGUUUCAAGAGAGUUACGAAGAAUCAAAGGAAUGUUUCGAGAAAGCAAUGCAACUCCAUACAAAAGUGCCUUACUUUGGAUUGUCGGUUUAUUUAAGGCUCGGUAUUGUUCUUAGAAUACUUGAACAAUUUGACGAAGCUAUAAAGUGUUUACACAGAGGUCUUGACAUUUGUGGAAAAAACAAUUUAGAAGACCACUACUUAGACUAUAAGGACCUCAUUUACUCCCAACUGUGUCAUCUACACUUACUCCUUCGUGAGCCGGAUAAGGCUAAUGAGUAUGUAACGAAAAUAUUAACGGGAAGUUGGCACGAAUACAAGUAUGACUGUUUGGGUUUGCUAGGUGUCUGUAUUGGUAAAUACGGGCACUUUGAACAGGCAUGCGAUAUCCUGGCUGAGAGUAUCAAAGGUUAUGAACACAAUCGUGACCUUUUUAAUGACGAGGCCAAACUUUCUUUCGAGGAAUCCAUAGUCGACGGCCAGAUGUACAGUCAUCGCUGCACAUUCCUGGUUGCUCUUGGAAAGUUCGCAGAGGCUUUGUGUACAGCAGAGCGAGGCCGUGCUUAUGUAUUGACACAACUGUUGGCAAAGAGAUAUGGCAUUCAAGAAAAGCCCAACUUCAGUGAAACUGACCUCAAUGGCCUUAUGGGUAGUUUGGCAAAGAGGCAAAUCUUACUAUUUGUUGGCUCUGGUUUAAAAUAUGAAUUCCUGUGGAUAAUGACCAAUGAAAAAGGCCUGAAUUUUAAGGAGAUGUCUGGAGAAAAAGCCAAAAUUGAUUGCCUCCUUAAAGCUUAUAUUAGGUCACUUUUCUGUGGCCGAAGUGUUAACUGUGAGGACCGUUCGUUGUCAGCCUUAUAUGACAUUCAUUCUCCUGCCGAUGGUGCCCAGCACGACAGAAUCAGGGAGAAACGUCUCUUUCAAGACUCGGACGUCGAAGAACUCGAAGCUGAAAACCUACCAAAUCAACUGUACAACUCACUUAUCGCUCCAAUUGCUGAUCGUAUUCAAGGCCGGGAGGUCGUGCUUGCUCCUGAGGGAUCUAUGGUCAUGGUUCCCUUUGUCGCAUUGCAGGAAGAUUCUGGAAAGUACUUGUCUGACUCCUGCAGCAUUCGCAUCAUUCCUUCUUUGUCAACACUCAAGCUUAUCCUCGACUCAUCACAGAAUUAUCACAGCCAGACCGGAGCGCUAAUCGUUGGGGAUCCACAAGUCAGUCAUGUGACACGUCUUAAGCAAUUGAAAGCAGCUAGGCAGGAGGCUAAAGAAGUCGCUGCUCUUCUGGAGGUGGAGCCUUUGCUUGGUAAGCAAGCCACGAAGGAAGAGGUGCUGCGACGAAUAACUGAUGUGUGUCUGAUACACAUCGCCGCCCAUGGUGAUGCCGAAAGAGGAGAGAUCGCCUGUGCACCCAACCCAUCCUCCCCUCAAGAGCCAAGUAAAGAGGACUACAUGCUGACCAUGGGAGACAUCGCCAAUGUUCGAAUCCGGGCCAAGCUGGUUGUACUCAGUUGUUGUCACAGUGCUAAAGGAAAGAUCAUGCAAGCGGAGGGAGUUGUGGGGAUCGCUCGAGCUUUCAUUGCUUCCGGAGCUCGUUCAGUGUUGGUUUCCCUGUGGGCCGUGGAUGACAAAGCCACAAAGGAGUUCAUGAUUCGUUUCUACGGACAUCUAAAGUGUGAUAAAAUGAGUGCCAGUGAAGCUCUUCACCACACCAUGAAGUGGAUGAGAGAAUCUAAGACGGCGAGGUACACUGUGAGGGAAUGGGCACCAUUUGUUCUGAUUGGAGACAACGUCAAUCUGGACCUGUAAGAACCUUUGUUUCAGCUCACGUGCAACAAAACGACAAAUUAAGAGAAGAUAGAACUGCGUUACGUUCCUUUUACUACUUCGUACUUCCUAAUGAUUACACAAUUCUUUUAGCUAUCGGUAGAAGACGUUUGCAAGGUUCUAUGGGAUUGCUUUAUUCCGUGUCAAGUCGGACUAGCUUUCCUCAAACUGUUCGCAUAUUGUAGGAUGACGAUGUAAUCAUUCCGUUACUAAGAACAAAGCGAUUUGAGAUAAUUUCCUGUCAAUAUUUCAUGGACUCAUUACAUGUACUUUCUCGUUAUCGUUUUUCAGUCAUCUGAUCACUUUUUGAUUCAGUUUCAAUCAUUUUGCUGAGCGAAUUGCCUAGAUAUAUAGACUGGGCAGCGAACGGACGGAAUUUAUGUUUUUUUUCUCUGCUGACUGCUUAUAGCGGUUACUCGAUGUACACAAAGGCGAGUCUCAGACUAAGUCCAAUUUAAGUCGUGAUUUUUGGGUUGAACUCUUGCUGAUUUAGCAUUUAGGACAUUUUUAUUUGGAAGUGACAAGCCUGUGCCAAAAAUCUGAAGCAGCCGCAUUACUGUUCAGAUAAAGGUUGUUGUGGACCUACGAUAAUCAUAUUCAGUACCUUUCAUUUUUUUAAAACAAAAACUUUGUUCGACAUAACACAUGGUAGAGUUACUGCUCUCAUUUGUAACUCGCGUUGGCAAAGGUAGCAGAUUUCAAGCAAUAUAACAAGGUCAAAGUUAACAGAAUUAUAUAUUACGCUUUUUUUCUUGAUGUACGAAAAAAUUCAAUUUUCUAGUAGAUAUACGUAAAAUUUUAA